AUGAGUGCUGAGAAGGCUUUAGAGGUCUACCCGCCUCCCGGGAAAUCCUCCACGCACUCGCUGCCUCCAGCGGGGGACGAUGGCGCCUCGGCUCUGGCGAAAGCGUUUGCCGCUCGAGCCAGCGCACCCCCUUCACCCCCCUUAAACCCCUCUCACAGUGUCCAAUCUGUAUCUUCACCGGAAAAGAAUCCGGAAAACUGCUGCCGCAAAGGCGAGGUGGAGACCCCUGUCGACGCCUCCAAGCAGCCUCCUUCCCUCACGUCCUGCUCUUCUGUUGAACCCUCAACCGCUGCCCAGCAUCCCCCCCCCGCUUCGAGCGCGAGUCGGAGGCAAUUUCAUACUCCCCCCGACCAAGAGGAGGCCUGCGAGCACCCAUUCUCUGGAGAAUUCGAUGAACUGCCUCUGAUGCUCCUGCGAUCCUCGUGCGAGUCCGCAUCCACGGGAGGCCCUUGUGUGACUCCACCGGCAUCAGCGCAGCCCCCCGUAGGGGAGGAGUGGCGUCAGGGCGUCUCGGCAUGUGUGGCGGCUGCUUUUAGAGAUUUGCAAGGCAGCAUGCAUCUCAGGACCAGCAACAGCAGAGCCAUGAGGAUCGGCCUUGAGGAAGCCCUGCAUGUGGAAAACUCUCUCGAAAUGGUAGGGUCCUUGCCGGCUUCCCCCAGGAGGCAUGCGAAGGAGAAAGCAGAGCGAAAGGGCGCCAAUGCAGGCGCAAAGGCGUUAGGUAGGUCUGUGUCGGCGACUCCUUCAGACAGCCCUUCAGCAGGUCCUCCUGGGGGUUCCACGGAUGCAGGAGUCAAAGGCCUCCCCGCAAGGGCGUCUUCAGGUUCUCAGCGGGAGCAGACAGACCAUAAUACUUCAGAUGAGGAGAUCCUUGAAGGGGGGGCUCUAGAGACUAAAGACGACCUCCAGACGGAGUUUCUGUCUGCCUACGCGAUCUCGGCUCAUCGGGUGGCUGCAAUUGCAGAGGCAGCAGAAGCAGCCGCGGAGGAGGGGGCCGCUGCUGCAGCGACGGUCAAACUUAAAGCGGCAGCAAUGCCGCGAUCUAGCACCUCGUGUCUCUCUACAGCGUCUUUGCGGCAAGCUGGCGCUGCGGGCAGCGGGCAUGCAACUCCCCAAAGCCCUCCAGUUCAAGGGCCUGUUGCGAACCCUCGCCCUGUAGACUCCCCGGCACAAGCGAGUCCGUGCAGGCCUUUGAAUACCACCGUCUAG